GAUGACAGGAAAUACUUUUAACCUCAAAGAUUGAGCUGCGUAAUCUAAUUUUUAAAUCAUUGAAAAACUAAAUCCUCGAUCAUUGCUUUUUAUUAAGUUUAAUCGGAUGAUAAAGCAAGUUUUUCUCGAGAGGUCCAAAGAGGUUAUCUCAAAGAGGUGGCGUCACACGCGAAUUGGAAUCGAUCCGAGCCACAAAUGGUUCAGAUUCUUGUCCCUUUUAAAAAUAAAUCGGGUAAUUAGGACGUAACUUCAAUUGAAAACAAAAUUAAGAAUCGUAAAAGAUGUUGAAUAUGUUGGUGGCAAAAUUAAGCGAGAGUGUUGGGACUCCCGAACCAGCUUUAAGAAUCUUAAUAUCGUUAUUAUUAGGUUACCCCAUCGCUUUAUACCAUCGGAAACGCCUCUACAACAACGCCCCAACCUCCCAACACCUUUACUUCAUUAUAACCGGAUUUUUAUUGGGCUACUUCAAUUACGGCUUUGAUAUUUGCCAUGCAUUGAUUGCCAUCGUUUUUACUUAUUUAACAUUAACGUUCCUUGGGAGUUCUUCGCUUUGCGUUGGGACUGUUUUUUUGUUUAAUAUGGGUUAUUUAUUAAUUGGGUAUCAUUAUUCUGGUACCAACGAUUACGACAUAAAUUGGACUGUGCCCCAAUGCGUUCUUGUUUUACGAUUAAUUGCGGUUAGUUAUGAUUUAUACGAUGGGAGGCAACCGAUUGAAAAAUUAUCAGGGGAUGCGAAAAAGACCGCUUUGGCGAUUCGACCUAAAUUCUUGGAAUUUUGUGGGCAUCAAUUAUUCCCAACGAGUUUUUUGAUCGGACCGCAAUUUUCAAUGAGGAGAUAUCAAGAUUUUGUUUCGGGACAAUUUGGAGAUCAAGUUGGUUUUUUAUAAACCCUCUGUUAGUCGCGCAUGUAUCGGGCACAUACAUGCAUAAAAUUGCUUGCCCUUCUGUUUGGUGAUGGAUUUUUAGGCAACUGUUCAAUGAAAAAAUUUGCAGUAAACUAAGCUUCAAAAAUCGUAAUUAG